GUAAUUAAAUUAUAUAGAAUUUUUCUGACACAUGGAGAAUUUGUCUAAUUAGUUAAGUUAAAAACGCAUAAGCCAAUUUUCAUUUAAAUGUUGAUUUUACAUAAAAUUUAAAUUAAAAAGCAUUAGAAGAAAUUGUUAAUAAAGUUAAAAAUUUCCAAAAGCAUUAUGAAUGUAUCAUUUAUUUGCCGAAUACAUCAAUCCCUACGUAAGAUAAUAUAAAUAGUGAAGAUAUAUUUGAUUAAUAUUAAUUAUAAAAAUAAAUAAAUAUGAACCCUUGUUUAUUAACUGCAAAUUUGGCAAAUAAAUAUUUAACUAGUAAUGGUGUUAUUAUGUUUAUGGGAAAUUAAAGCUCUUUUACUUAACCUUUAUAUGAUAAAAUAGCUUUUUCUCUGAUAUAAAAUCAAGUCAAUUUUCUUAAUCUUUCUAUGGGAGAUAGAGAAACUAUUGAUAUAGAUUCUUUUUCGUUAAAUUUAUUAUAAAAUGAUAUAGAAUAAGAAGAUAAUGAUUAAUAAAACUAAUAUAAAUAAAUUACUUAAUUUAUUAGAAGAUGGGCUGAAGGUAAAAGUAGGCCAAUUAGUGGAACAUUUAUUAAAUUUAACAAAAAGAAAAAUUAAUAUUACCCAGAACUUAUAUGA